AUGAGAGUAGCGGUGUUCACUGUAACCGGAGAUCAAGGGUCGAGUGUGAGCAAAAGUUUGAUUGAAGGCGGCCAUGAAGUUCUGGGCAUCACUCGCAAUCCCUCGUCUGAGAUGUCCAAGGAUCUAGCAAAACUCGGUAUAACAUUGAUCAAAGGUGAUCUAUCAGAUCCGGCUUCUUACUCUAAUCAAUUGGAAAACAUCGAUGCCGCUUUUGUAAAUGCAGAUUUUUGGGUUCAUUACCUUUCGAACGGCUACAACGCCGUGAAAGCUCAGGAAGCUGAAGUCGAACAAUCUAUUGGCGCGAUUGAAGCUUCUGUCAAAGCUGGAGCAAAACACAUUGUUUACUCCACUCUGGAUGAAGUCGAGAAUGGAGCCUGUCCUCAUUUCGAGUCUAAAAAUACCGUGUCUCGAUAUCUCAAGCAACACGGAAUCCCUCAUACCAAUCUCGUCACAUGCAAUUACUUUUCGAACCUUACCAAAUUUGGUAUGCUAAAGCCUACAGAAGAGAAGAGUAAAUGGUUGUUGGCUUUUGGCGUACCUGAUGACACUGUUAUUUCAAGUUUCCCGGUGGAACAGACGGGAUUGUGGGUUAAAGAAGCUUUGUAUAAUCCCGACAAAUGGAUCGGUAAAGACAUGUAUGCUACCACGGAUUCUCUAUCUAUUUCCCAAAUGGCAGAUACACUUGCUCGAGUCGGGAAAGUGACCGUGGAGACACUUCAACUGACCCGCGACGAUUUCUACUCUGACAAACAUAAGCAACAGACAGGGGAAGAGCUUUGGCUGGCUAUGAAGCUCAUCUACGAAGGCAAAACCCCUCGAACGCCAGAGACUACUACUGUCAUACCGGGAACAUGGAAUUUCGAGACUUGGGUUAAGGGUAAUCCUCAGUUGAAAGAGUGGUUCAACAAUAAGUCAGUAUAG